GGGUGUAUUUUUGGAGCAUUUAAGAGGAACAAAAAGUUUUCUCCUCGUCUGUCCAGACAGAGGUGAAAAAACGUCUCAUAUCUCUUAAUCAUUUGUGGCAGAAAUGAUGAAACAGCAGAAAGUGUUUUCCUCCCUUUCCAGAAAGAGUAUUUGGCGACCUGUGGGAUAAUGAGGUCACUACAGGGCCAGCAUUAUUCAGGUCAGUUGGGAGGAGAGGCUUUGUGUGGAAAUGCAAAUGUUCAAGAUCAGCUGAAUGAAAUCUGGGUAGAGGCUGAGCUGAAAGUGAAAAACUUCCCCUAAACUCUCUGCUUGCUGGACUGGUCAACAAUCUGUUUCCUCCGUGCCCACCAUGAAGACUUGUGGAGUUCUGGUCCUGUUCAUGACUCUUUCUACAGGUAAAUACAGACUUUCUUUGUAGUUUGUCUACUCUAAAUUCUACAGCCCAAUUUCCUAAUUAGUUGGGGCACUUUGUUAAAUUUUGAUGAAAUCCUGAUUUUGAUAAACCACCUUAACCCCAAAUUUGAUUGAAAGAACCGCAAAGACAACACAUUAAGACUGAAAAUUUGUGUUUUUUGUGACAGUUUGAGCUAAUUUUCAAUGGUUGCCAGCAAAAUGUCUCAAAAAGGUUGAGACAGGAAUUUAAAAAACACUAAAACUAGAACAUCUGCCAACUAAUUAUCGUAAUUACAACAGGUUAGUCACAUGACUGGGUAUAAAAAGGGGAUUCUAGGGAGUUUCUUUCUUUGUCAAGAUGGUAAGAAAGAUGGACAAAGCAAAAAGUCUACCAAUUUCAGAAACACACUUUAUUCCUCAACAUGAAAUUGCAAAGAAUUUGGGGAUUUCACCAUGUACAGUACAAAAUAAUCUUUAAAAUAUUCAAAGAAUCUGGAGAAAUCUCUACACAAAAAAAACAAGCAACAAAAAAAGAGUAAUGAAUGGCCACUAGUUUUUGGCUGUAGGUCGAAACUCCACUAAAAGUAAAUGAGUAAUCACAAUAUUAGCUCAAAAUUACUUCUAAAAACCAUUGUCUGUGAACACAAUCCAAUGCUGCGUCCACAAAUGUAGGUUGAAACUGAACAGUGCUAAGAGGAAACCAUGUGAAGACAUUAUCCUGACACUAGUGGUUUUUAGGAUUAACUGAAACCAAGAGAAAAACAGCUUGUUUAUCAGCAUUAAUUUUAAAAAAUCAGAUUGUAGACACAUAAGUUUCCAUGUGUAUGGGCAGCUCUGAGAAUGCACCAUAAAUGCAGGACAACAUAAACAGGUUUCAUAGGAACACAUGCUGCUAUCCUGAUAAUACCGUAUUAUUGAAGACCAUGCAUAUUUCAUUAAGACUAUGCCAAACAAACCACAUUCUGCAAGUAUUACAAUAGGCUUGUUGUAAAGGAAUAGAAGAGGGUGUUGUUGCCUGCCUGCCUGCCUGCAGUGCUGACUUGUCACUCAUUAAUAACAUAAGCCUCAUCAGGAAAUAUAAAAUACAACAAAAGAAAUGUCAAACUGUUCAGCAGCUGAGAUCCUAUAUCAGCCAAGGGUGAAAAUUUCACAACUCCAGUAACUGAUCUUUGCAGUUUCAAGGUGUCUACAGAGUGUCACUAAAGGGAGAGAUAAUGCAACACAUAAUGCUCCUGUAUUGACUUUUUGGCAAUGUUGCUGGCAUUAAAUUUACAAUAAUAUAUAUGUAUCACAUACCAAUAUCAAUUUUCAGUUCUAAUAUUUGCUGUUUUCCUUAUGUUGUCAAUGGAAUAUAGCUUUUACAUAGUUUAAUUUGCAUACCACCACACAAUCUGUUUUCAUGAACUUUUCACUAGUGGCCAACAAUUUGAAGUUGUAUAUAAAACUGACUGAAAGCCUCUGCUCUGAACUCUGGUUUUAUUUACUUCUCUUUUCUGAAGAAGCUGUGAGUGUUUGUGAUAGGCGAUGAAAAUGCAAAAGGAAUGUGUGAUACGUACAUUGCUUGUCUUUUUUGAUUUUUGAUUGCAUGUCCAUGUUUUGUGUCUCUGUACAGCAUGUGCAUUAAGAUGCUACACAUGUACUGCCACAGACCCCAAAUCCUGCACGGACACCAAAUCCUGUCCAGUCAUCUUUAAUAGAUGUUUCUCUCUCAAAGUAGAUGGUAAGUUUGUCUUUUGUUUAAUACUAUUGUUGCAGACAACCAGCCCAAGGUCUCACCAAAAUCAGUUUGUACGCAGAUGAGACAGUAUUUUCUGUUUUAACCAAGUUUACCUCGUGUUUCCUCAUGCACUCAUGACAGUGUUUCCUCAGUUCCUCAAUGCUUAGUUCCUGUUUUUUAUUUAUCUAUCUAUCUAUUUAUUUUGUUGUUUGUGUUAACCUUGACCAUGAAUAGGUGUUUUGAACUUUUUUUUUCAUUUUAUUUGUUUUGUAAAGCACUGCACUGUUUAUGCAAAGCUGCAUUUGGUUGUAUAUACAAUAAAUGUGAGUGAUUGAUGUCUUCCCGAUUUUUUAAAGCUUGCUGACCGCUGGGUUUCUGAGUGUUCCCUUUUUUUUUUCAGGGUACGACAUGGUCACAAAGGGCUGCCAAACCAGCAUAGCAUGUGUAGGUGCCGUGUCGUGCUGUGAAGGGGACUUGUGUAACGGCGCCUUUCCAACUGGUCCCAGUGUCCUGCUGCUGCUGCUUGUGUCCUCAGCCAUCAUUGCCCUCUUUCUCUGAAGCUCUGGUGCUUUCUAAUAUCUGUGCUGCACUUUUUUUUCUGUCCCAAUUUGUACAACUACAGAUGAAUAAAAACACUUAAAAUGUUAAUCUGCUUUUUAAAAAAUCCUUCUACAAGUAAACAUGUCCAGGCCAACACCAGGAGUUUCAUCGUUGUGGGGCCUCAAGAUACCACUGUGUUUACUGACCUGUAGCCUUGAGUUUGGAUGUUUACACAUUGCUGUGUGUCUGUCCUCUUUUGAAGGUUGUCAAUAACAGUUUUCACACCCUGCUUUGUUGACAAUUAACCCUAAAUGGGAUGUUCAUUAAAAUAAUUUCAUAUCUAAUUGAAGAGGGCUUAAAACCAGGGAAAGGAAAAGAUUUACCAGGAUAAUUAAUGAAGAAGAGUUAAACCCUGAGAGCCAGUGACAUGUCCUGCGGUCAAAAUUUCAUGUAAGUGUUCCUGUGAGGGCAGAUACAUCACCAGAAGUGACUGUCCUUAUUUUUAAAACUCAUAUCAGAUACAAACUAUGCAGGGUUAAAACAACAUUGUUGAUUAGCUCUUUAGAAAAUGAGUGAGGUAUUUUAAAGGAUUUUGAGGUUCCAGUUCACCAUCAUUGAAUUCAUGUAUCCAUGUCAGUCUGACGAGCAUUGUUUAAUAAUAACCUCCUCAUUACAGGUCUUUGUUGGUUAAUUCAUAAAUCCUUAAGCAGGCACUUACAGCACAGUUAAAAAGAGUGAGGACCUCUCGGUCUCUCUCUCUCUCUUACUCUCUCUUUCUCUCUUGCAUUUAUGUCACAAAAUAAAAUACUUUAAUAACACAA